AAGCUCGGUCUACUGACUACCCAUGAUAACAGUGAAGUCGUUCACAAUAGCGACGUUGUGUUUUUUGCAGUGAAACCUCCACACGUUGGCAAGGUUGCUGCCGAAAUAGCCCCAUCUCUGACCAGAGAGCAGCUCGUCGUUUCAAUUGCGUUAGGGAUUACGAUACGGAAUAUAGAGACGCUACUGCCUCCUAAGUCUCGAGUUAUACGAGUGAUGCCGAAUACACCAGUUGUAGUUCGAGCCGGAGCUUCAGCAUUUGCAGUCGGGUCUGCUUGUCGUGAUGGUGAUGCUGACCUUGUGAAGUAA